CCCGGAGAGCCGAGAGGAGAGCGACACGACAGGGGACCAGCGAAGAGAACCGCACCGAGAGACAACUGUCAAACUGUCAAAAAAUGGCCAGCAUGUUGAGAUCGUGGAUGAUGCUCGCAGCGCUCGUCCUGUGCCUGCUGGUGUGUUGGAGCAGCUUUGCGGACGCCUACCCUCCCAAACCGGAGAGUCCGGGGAGCAACGGCUCACCGGCGGAGUGGGCCAAGUACCACGCAGCUGUCAGGCAUUACGUGAACCUCAUCACCAGGCAGAGGUAUGGGAAGAGGUCAACCCCCGAGCAGAAGGUGACAUGGCUGCUGUUUGGAGGCGAUUCAAGCCAAGACACUGAACCAAGCUCGGACUACAGCGAUCAGUGGUGAAAGACUCCAACGGUUCGAUUCCUCAACAAUCCAAGAAAAACAACAACACUGGGACUCAAGAGACAAACGUGCACUGGACUUUGUGACUCUGCAUUUUCAAAAUUACUUACCGUGCAUGCGUGUCCCCCUGCCUCCCUUCAUAUACGUCUAUUUGUCUGUUGACCAAAAAAUGUAAAUAAUUUGUAUGAAAAUCAAUGACUUUACAAUAAAGCCUGAAUGGAAUAAAAGUAUUGAACAUAC